UUAAGCAUUUAUUGAAGGUUUUUGGUCAAACAGGAUUCUUGCUGAUGCUAAUGGGAUGCAGUGUUUUUGAACACAGCUAAAUUUGAUCUACAUUUACCUGCUGAUCAACUGUAGUCUGACUGAAAUGCUGUUCAUUUAAAUCUUAUAGGUAUGUUAUUACAUCAUUGUCUCUAGCAGGCAUUUAAUUGUACAGAUUUUCUACGUCUACAUUCAUUCAAUCGUAAACACACAUAGCCAACUGAUAAACACAUUUCUGAUUCUGUACAUACACACGCAUACACAUAUAGACUCACACGCACACACACACACACACACACACACACACACACUUGAUUAUUUUAGUAGGUGUCUGUCUACUGCUUCCAAGGUAAGUUGAGCUAUGUAUGUAUUUGAAGGCUGAGGCCAGAGUCUGCCUGUAAAGUAUGGCUUUUGAGUGUGAUUAGCAUACAGUCAGAGUGAUUUGUAUGUUUUCUAUGUGAAUGUUGAAUUAAUUUGUUUUGGUUGUUUGUGUCUUUUUCAGAUGCCCCGUGCGAACUCCCACCGGCAUGCCCAGGCCCUGAGGAGGAGGAUGGCGAUGGUGCAGACUUGGACCCCCCUGCUGCCUGUCCCGAAGUUUCAUGCUCGUAUGUAUCAAAAAGGUUAUUUUAAUGUGUUUCGAUGGUUUUGGAGCUGACCCAGCGUAGCUUCAAGUUGGUCACUCCAGCUCAGCAUCCGGAGAAGUAAGUAUGAUUUCUGUCUUAUUCAUAAAGAACAGUGAUGGUUGCAUGGUGUCACGCUUGGUGUCUGUGUUCUAAAGCGAUGUCUCUGUUGUCACAGCUCGUGUUCGUCGUUGGAGACUCCCACCUGCGCACCAUGGUGGACAGGUUUGUAGCCAUCCCAGAGGGCUGUCUGUCUUUUGGUUUUCUGUCUGUUCCAGGUGUGGACACCAGGGAGCUAAGGACGGAGGUGCCGCGUGCUGCUGUCCCGUGGACCCCGGACACCAUGUGCCCUGAGCAACAACCUCACUGCCAGCAGGACCAUCAGUGAGGCGGCGUUGGACUUUGGUGCGCUCCUGACCACCGUCUGCAGCCGCUGGCCCAAGGUCUUUGUGUUGGACUUCCCUCCCCAUCUGACCAUGGACCUUGGCUUCCAAGAGCAGCUGUUUCAAGAAUACCACCAUGUUGCAGCACGCAUGGGUACGUUACAGUUGUGGUCAUCAGCACAGUUAUAAUUGAUGUAAUGUGUAAUUCAACAUAAUUUAUACAAGUGUAAAUAUUAGAAGGAUUGAUGACGUUUCUGUCAUUUGUGUCGGGUCUCCCCUACAUGUCUGUGGCGGCGCACUUCCCAGUCCAUCGGUUGGAGCUGUGGUGCCAUGACGGCAUAAGUACAGUAUACUUUGUUGGUGUGACAUAACACAUGGAGGAGUUUCAUGUUUUUGGAGUGACAUGUUGGUUGUGUUAAACUGUCUUUCAGGUGCACCUGGGAAAGGUCAGUGGUUUGGUGUCCACAGAGGUGGGGUUGUUAGGGGUCCCGUGUUUAAAUGAGAGGAUUGUGGCUGAUGGUAACUGCUUCUUCAGAUCCAUCUCUCAGGCUGGGUGGUUCCUGCGGUGGAGACACGCACCAACGGUCCCGGCCCCGUAAAAUUACCCCGAAGUUCCUGCGGUGGAAACGGGCCUUUUGUUUGGAACUGAGUUCGCAGGACACAGCAUCUCAUUACAGUUGGUUUCAGUUGAUGUUAUCUGCUCAUCUGGUUAUCGUGAGCACUCGUUUUGGGUUAAAGUGGAAGUGCCCGGAGCUGCCACCCCUGGUCCCGCGGCCCCCCAGCCUGACCUCCGGGGCCCUGGACGGAUGCCUAAGUGUGGAUGACAGGAACGGAGAGGACCGCGGAGGUAAGGUGGGGCAGGCCGACACUGUGUAUCCCAUAACGGGUGCUCGAGUGUGGGUGACAGGAACGGAGAGGACCGCGGAGAAACAGACCAGAAAGAUUGGGUCCCAGCCAGAACCAGUCAGCACUAAACAUGCUUAUGUGCAGGCUAACUUGAAGCCACACAGGAGAAGCAAAGCUACUCAGGCCAGAACCCCAAACAGGAGUGUGUCAUGUGACACAGAUACUCUCCUUGCUGUUCCUGAGGCCCUUGCAGUCCCUGUGGUUCCCCUGUCAAGCUCCACCCCUGUCAAAAGGCCAAGAUGUGAGGUAUCAAAUGAUGACUCCAGCUAUCAUCUUGAAGUGACCAACAGCACCAUGGAUUGUACAAGCAUUGCUGAUGGAUUGCCACCUCAUACAGUGACCAAGUACAUUGUCAAUGAAGACAUGUUAAUGGAGCUGUUCAAAAAAUGCCCAGUUUGCACCCGGAGCUGUAACAUCUCAAAAACUGUCUUUGGGACACUCCUCCAAGUUAAUCAGAGCUGUCCUAACUGUGAGUACGCUCAUCAGUGGUCGAGCCAGCCAAUGGUGAACAAUAUACCAGCAGGGAACCUUCAACUAUGUGCAGCUGUUCUGUUCACAGGAUCUUCAUUUGUUAAGAUCUCAAAGUUCCUGGAAGUGUUCAAGAUCCAAGGAAUCUCGGAAACAACCUUCCACAAACACCAGUCCAAUCUCCUUUUCCCCACCAUCAACUGGAUGUGGCACCAAAACGAGGAUGACCUCAUCAGAGAAACUAUAGCUUGUGGGGAUGUUACUCUUGGUGGCGACAUGCGUGCUGACUCACCAGGACAUUCAGCCAAGUACUACACCAUGAUGGACCUCAAAACUAAUAAGGUCAUUGACAUUCAACUAGUCCACGGCAAUGAAGUUGGAAACAGGUGCCGGAUGGAGAAGGAGGGCUUUCAGCAUAGUCUGUCUCUCCUGGAGCACAAAGGAGUCACAAUUAAAGCCAUUGUUACCGACAGACAUCCAGGUAUACAGAAAUACACGCGGGAACAAAGGCAUGACAACACUCACUACUUUGACCCUUGGCAUAUGGGAAAGGGUAUUGGGAAAAAAAUGGAUGUGCUGGCCAAAGUGAGGAGAACGCAGGAUGUGGAACUGUGGAAGAAGAGCAUUGUCAAUCAUCUCUACUGGUCGGCAUCAACUUCAGCAUCGGGGGAGGAGGUUGUGGCCAAGUGGAGCUCUGUGGCUAACCACAUCCAAAAUGUCCAUAUCCAUGACAACACCCUUUUCCCCACUUGUCUCCACCAGCCUCUAGUUGGUGAGCAGGCAAGGCAAUGGCUCAAACCAAAGAUGCUGAGGAAUGAUCAUCUGCUAGAGGUUGCCAUCUUUCCUCUCUGGUUACAUGAAACAUGUCUCAGACUGUCAUCCACACGCACAGGGGCCCAAUGAAGUUCCACAUCUCUCAAAAGUUCCUCAUCUUCAACCUUCAAGUCCCUCUGCUACCAAACACCUAAUUACAUUUCAAAGCUCGGUUAAAAUUUCAUCCAUAAGAUCUAUGUUGUUAAGGACAUUGGUGUAUAUUCCCCUAUUAUCAGGGUCCCCAUGGUCAUGAAAAAAUGUAUCAUUUAAGCCCUUGCUGAUAAAAACCCUAUCCAGUAAAUGUGGCAGUGUUUUGAUGCUAUCCAAGCCAAUGUUCAUAUUUAUCAUGCUUUAAUUGUAAUGUGGUGUUGUCAAGGUUUGAAAAUUGCUUGACUUUUGAAAAAAAUACUUGAGAUCUGAAUUCAAAUCUGGAAACCUGUGCAGGUUUCCCCAGUUUCUGGAAACUCCAGCCUGAUGCGGGUGACGGCACAUGAUGGGAUGCUCCUCCAACCUGUUCACACCUGUGCAUCACCUGCAUGUCAAGAAAAGCAGCAUGUUUUGGGAGGAUUUAUGCAUAUUAUAUUAACACGUGUGUGUGUGUAUGUGUGUAUUUAUACUGUUUAUGUGUGUAUUUAUAUAAUACAUUGCAAUCUUUAUUUGGGGACAAUGCAUUCAUGUCAAAUUGAAAUAUCAAAUACCGAUAAAGCUUGUCUGGGCUCUGUUACCUUUGUCACCUCCCUGCAACAGACAUUCUCUCUAGGAGAGAGAUUUGUACAGUGACCACAGGUACAUCUGUUGAAAAUAUAGAUAUGUGAGUGGCUAGCUAAGAAGAGAGAUCUAUCUAUCUAUCACAUGGUAGGGGCUGUUUGUAUAAAAAUGUUAUAUUAAUCUUAGACCAUCAAAACAGAUGGUCUAACAUCAAAAUCUUCACUAAAAUCCAGCCACUACCAAUCCGAGACAUUUCCCAUCCUCUCCUGCCCCUCCAUGUCCUCAAUCCCGGCCGCCUCAGUGCCCUCUUCCCAGCCUACCUUAGCACCGACAGGCUGUUCUAGUGGCUCAAAUUGAUACGGCUCUGGACCGUCAUCCUGACCGACAGGCGAGUCAGGAGGAGAGAAGUCCUCCACCUCAAAUGAAGUUUCAGACGCAAAGGUGUCUACACUGUUAUCUGAGUGGUCACUCAUGGCUAGCUUGUCAGGGUUUGAAUGGAGUAUAUGGAGGCAGCAUAUCCCCCCAAUCCCCUUCUCCUUUGAGUGGGAGUAUUUGAAAAUCUUAACUCCGCCCCCUUCCUAGCCACUCGCUUAUCAUGGGGCCAUGGCAGCCAGUUAAAGACAAAAGUUUUAGACGAUUUUUAGAGCCCUCUCCACUCUAGCUCACAGCAUUCCGUACAAUACACACCCAUUAUAAACGGUCAAUUUCUCCACAUUUGCUCAUGGUACUUUGAGAGGCACAGAUUAAAAAUGGUAAAAGAUAUGAAAAAGAUGAAAACAUGAGUGAAUAGAAGAGACCUGUGGCAACAUAUGAGAGUUGGAAUGGAGUUUUUCACCAGGUCUGACAUGCGUGCCAAUUUUGGUGAGUUUUUGAGCAUGUUUAGGGGGUCAAACUCCAGCUCAAAGAGGUGGCGGGAGAAAGAAUAAUAAACGCAGCCAAGGUCCCUAAUAAACGCACCAAAAACAAGAGGGUCCUCGCCCUUCAGCCGAGGUCCCUAAUUCCUACAAAGAUAGCUUGUCCCACAUUUCUAAGAAUUUUUGUUCACUGAAAAUUAGGCCCUAUGUUCCCACAGUCCUAUGUUCCCACAUUUCUAAGAUUUUUCUCAAAAUUAAACCCUAUGUUCCCACAUUUCUAGGACAUUUCCAAUAUAACUAUAAUAUCUUGUUAGUUCUUGUCUUGUUCCUACAUUUCCCUUCAGUUUAAGCCCUAUCCUCCCACAAGGGUUAGGGUUAGGGUUAGAGGGGAUAAUAGGUUGGGUGUAAUUGGCUACCAAAUUGGAAGAAAGGGGGAUAAAAUCUAAUACAAAUUUAUGUAAAGGAAAUGUGGGAACACAGAGCUGUGGGAACAUAGGGCUGUGGGAACAUAGGCACACUCCCUGUUCAAUCCCCAAGAUAUGGAAAUGUGCUAAGGUUAUCCCCCUUUUCAAAGGUGGAGAUUCCUCUGAUGUAAAUAACUAUCGUCCUAUUUCUAUUACAGGGGUUAAAGUUCUCCGGCACAGCGCCGGAUUGCCGGCGUGGCGAAGUUUCUGUCCAGCAUGGACAGAAGUGCUCUACAGUGCGAGCAUUUCACUCGCAUUUGCCCCUAAAAAUAUAUAUAUGUGCAAACCAGGAAAAUUAUUUAGGGGCACAGUGUGCGAGUAAACACAACCUACUGUUUACCAUAAUCGGCAUCGAAUGUUUUCUCAUCUAUAACCGAUCAAAUAAAUGUAUUUUAAAACUCGCUCCUUUGGCACUGAUACAGCCGUCUCCCUCCCUGCCUGCAGUCCCCACUGCACUGGGCUUUGUAACAAUGUCCCGCCUACAGCCCCCUCUGAUUGGUUACAUGGCACAAGUGAUAGCCAAUCAACACUGAUGCCUGUGCAUGCUUUCACAUCAUGUGAACACUGAGAUUUGUCUGGGACUGUUUAGUGGCCGUUUUGGUAAGCAGCUGGAACUGUCAAUUAAAUUUGUCAGGCAAAGAUUCUGUAGCGGCUUUAAAGAGGUUAUUUUAUGUACCCGACAAGUUUCUUGAGGAACCUCUUCUAUAACAGACUUUUGUAUGUCCACAUUGAAAUGAUUAAAAUGUAUCGAUCGUGGCGACAGUCUUCACUCUUCUUUCUUUUCUGAUUCAACUUUCCAACGUGGAGAAACCGGAGGUGGAAAUCAAUGGUGCGCCAG